UUCCUUACGGGCGUGUGCGCGCAGGUCUGAUCGAGCCCGAACCGUCUUUACUAUAUAUGGGCAAAGCCGAGCCGCCCGCGCGCCGCCGUCUCUUCCGCGUUCAGCGAUCAGCCGGUGACGGAAGCGCACAGAUCCGGACGGGACCGUUCAACUGCGCUCGGACAUAUAGUCAGUUAUUCAUUCAUUCACCGGAGGGAAAUAAAGCCGAUAUGUCGUACGAGCUGAAGCGCGUGUUUGCCAGCCUGCCACACAUGGAAAGGGGCGUGGCCAAAGUCCUGGGCGGAGACCCCAAAGGGAACAACUUCCUGUACACCAAUGGCAAGAGUGUGAUAAUCAGGAACAUCGAGAACCCUGCGAUCGCAGACGUCUACACUGAACAUCCGCAUCAGGUUAUCGUGGCGAAAUACGCUCCCAGCGGAUUCUACAUCGCGUCAGGCGAUGUGUCGGGGAAAAUCCGUAUCUGGGACACGACGCAGAAGGAGCAUCUGCUGAAGUACGAGUACCAGCCGUUCGGAGGGAAGAUCAAGGACAUCGCCUGGACCGAAGACAGCAAGAGGAUCGCUGUCGUGGGGGAGGGGCGAGAGAAGUUUGGAGCGGUGUUCCUCUGGGAUACGGGCUCAUCUGUCGGAGAGAUUGUGGGUCACAGCAAGAUCAUCAACACCGUUGACAUCAAACAGACGCGGCCGUAUCGUCUGGUCACGGGCAGCGACGACAACUGCACCACCUUCCUGGAGGGGCCGCCCUUCAAAUUCAAGUGCACCAUGAGUGAUCACAGUCGCUUCGUGAACUGUGUGCGCUUUUCUCCUGACGGGAAUCGUUACGCAUCGGCUGGUGCCGACGGACAGAUCUUCCUGUACGAUGGGAAGAGCGGAGAGAAGCUGGGCACUCUGGGAGGAGAGAAGGCUCAUGAUGGAGGCAUUUACGCUGUCAGCUGGAGUGCCGACAGCACACAGCUGAUCUCAGCGUCAGGUGAUAAGACGGUUAAGCUGUGGGAUGUGGCAGCGGGACAGGCGGUCACGACCUUUAACCUGGGCUCAGAUGUGCUGGACCAGCAGCUGGGCUGCUUGUGGCAGAAGAAUCACCUGCUCAGUGUUUCUCUGUCUGGAUUCAUCAACUACUUGGACAAGAACAACCCUGACCGCCCGCUGCGCACCAUCAAGGGUCACACCAAAUCCAUCCAGUGUCUGACGGUUCAUAAUGCGGACGGACGAUUGAACAUCUAUUCAGGCAGUCAUGAUGGACACAUUAAUUACUGGGACUCUGAGAGCGGAGAGAACGAUGAGAUUCUGGGGAAAGGACACUCUAACCUGGUGUCCAAGAUGAUGGUGGACGACGCGGGCCGUCUGGUGACCUGCAGCAUGGACGACACCGUCCGCUACACUGACCUGAGCAAGAGAGAGUACAGUGCCUCUGAUAUGAUCAAAAUGGACAUGCAGCCGAAGUGUGUGAGUGUUGGUCCAGGAGGCCUCGCCGUCACCGUGUGUAUUGGACAGCUGGUCCUGCUGAAGGACAAGAAGAAGCUCUUCACUCUGGACUCUCUGGGAUACGAGCCUGAAGCUGCAGCCGUUCAUCCAGGAGGCGGGACUGUGGCUGUGGGCGGAGCUGACGGGAAGGUGCGUCUGUACUCAGUUCAGGGAAACACCCUGAAGGAUGAUGGGAAAGUGCUGGACGUCCAGGGACCUGUGACGGACAUGUCCUACUCUAAGGAUGGAGCGUUCCUGGCUGUAACGGAUGAGAAGAAGGUCGUCACUGUUUUCACUGUCGCUGACGGAUACAAGGAGAAGAACGAGUUCUACGGUCAUCACGCGAAGGUGGUCUGUUUGUCCUGGUCACCUGAUAACGAGCACUUUGCCACCAGCGGGAUGGACAUGAUGGUUUACGUGUGGACCGUCAGCGAUCCCGACAAGAGGAUCAAACUCCCAGACACCCAUCGGUUACAUCACGUCAGCGGUCUGGCCUGGCUCAACGCCAACACGCUCGUCACGACGUCUCACGACGCCUGCGUCAAACAGUGGACUCUGAAAAUCUAAGCGCUGGCUCUCGGGAUCAACAGGAACAGAGACGGCCGUCUCGCUCUCGCUGUCUUUCUGUCGCUCUUCCUCUAUUCUUCUGUCUGUUGAUCACUGCUGCUCUCGGUUUGGUCUCGUUUCUCCAGCAGGUCAGGGUGGAAGCCCGUUUACACCACAGAAUCAUGCUUUUGGAAAUCAUAGUUAUGACUUAAAAAGAUGAAAUUAUAAUAAACUUAGUAGAAACUGAUGUUAAGCCGAAAUUGACUUAAGUCAUAAUUAUGGCAUAAUUAGUAUGUCAAAAUUCUGACUUAUUACACAAUUGAUUUUGUAAGUCAAAUCUACAUACUAAGAUGAAAUUGGCUUAAAAAUUCAUAAUUAUGACCUACGUUGAAAUAUGAUAAACCAAGCUGAAAUUAUGUAGAAAUUGACAGUCGAAAUUGACAUACUAAGACGAAACUGAUAUUAAGUUGAAAUUGAUUUAAAAAGUUAUAAUUAUGACUUACUAUGUCAAUUUCGACUUAGUCAAUUAUGACACAAAUUGAAAUUGAUACACUAAUUUGAAAUGUAGAAAUUGACAGUCGAAAUUUACAUACUAAGACGAAACUGAUAAGUCAAAAUUGACUUGAUGUCACUUAUGACCUAGUGUCAAAAUUUUAUAUAAUUAUGGCUUUUAAGUCAAAAUUGACAUUAAUUUCAUCGUAGCAAGUCAAAAUUGACAAAGACUCAGAAUUUCAGCUUAAAGUCGAAAUUAUGACAUAAUUGAAAUUGACAUACUAAGAAGUUUACAUAAAAAGUUGAAAAUGACUUGGUCAUAAUUAUGACAAAAAGUCAAAAUUAUGACACUAACUCGAAAUUGACAAGUUGUCAUAAUCAUGUCAUUUUAAUCUUAUGAGUUGUAGUGUCAUAAUUUUGACUUUUUAUGUCAUGAUUAUGAUUUAUCAUGAUUAUUGUUCUCGUGUGGUGGAAACGGGCUUCUAUAGGUUAGAAGCUCUUGCAGGAAAUGAACAGCAAUAGAAUGACGUAUCGCUGCACAGACAGACAGACAUCAGGCACUUGACCUUCCAGAACAAAACAUGUGACCAGAAUCUCUGUCAUGUGACAUUCCAGAAGCAGGGGUCAGAGUUCACGAGGUGUUCCUGACCCCUGAUGUGGCCGUGAGAAGAGGACGUUAGGGAGCAAUAAUCAAACCAAUAGCAGAUUGUGUGUGUGUGUGAGACAGUGUUUCGCUCUCUUCUAACCCUCCCCUGAUGUUUAUUUACUGUGUUUUGACUGGAUGUCUCUGGUUCAUUUUUCAUUGGGUGGAUGUAAUUCAUAAUUAUAUUAAUAAUGAUAAUAAAACACUUUUUAUGCAA